AUGGAUCAGCUUCAUUUUUACAAGCUCUUAUUUUCGCUGCUUCUUUUGUGUUCUCUUCCAGUUAUCAUGUGCAGGGAACUGAAGAGUAAUCCCAAGCCGAAAUCUAGUCCCCUUUUUGAGAGGAUGAAAUUAGAGGGAAGAAGCAACACAAAUUGCUGGAAUUCACUGUUUGAGCUCCAAUCUUGCACCGGCGAAAUCGUUCUGUUUUUCCUCAAUGGAGAGACAUACCUUGGUCCCGGCUGCUGCAAUGCAAUAAGGACUAUUCAGCAUCAGUGUUGGCCUUCCAUGCUUGGUUCUGUUGGGAUUGAUCAGGAAGAGAGUGAUGUUCUUUUGGGCUACUGUGAUGCAACCGAUGGCGAUGAGUCCGGGGACUCGGGUUCUCCUCCUCUGCCGCAGUCUCCUCCACAAAUCCCAACUCCCAUCGCUAACACCACCUCAUUCCACGUUGUCAAUCCCUGA